AUGAGCAUGUGGUCGCUUACAAGUUGUCAAAUAAACCUCUCACCUUUGCAGAAGCACUUCACUAGCGUGGAAACUCAUAAGAAAAAUAAAACAGGAAUCCCUACAUCUAAAUUCGAGGAAUAUUGGGCCCUCACCGUUUGUAUAUCAAAAAGAUAUCACAAUGUUGUCAUAUGUGCCCCCUCCCUCCAAAAAAGAUUUAAAUGUGUUGGUCUUCUUAGCACCAAGCGCAGUGAAUGCACAGCUGAUGAAGGAACCAAUAAACCACACUUCAUCAUGGACUACAACAUGAGGAAGCAAGGGGUUGACGCUGUGAACCAGAUGUGCAAUACAUACUCUGUUGCUUGUGUAACAAAGAGAUGGACAAUGGCUGUAUGGUUGACUGAAUUAGACAUCGCUGGAAUCAGUACCCAAAUAUUGUUUCACUCCAAUGCAGGAAACACAAGAAAACAUAUGAGGAUAUAUUUGAAACAGUAG